UUUCGACUUUUGUUGUGGUUAUUUUGAAAACUGAAAGUGAUUACUCAUCUUAGAAGUUUUGUUUUGUCAGCAAAAUUAGUUCCAUUUGAUGCAAGAAAGACGUGUAAAAGUUUAUGAAAGAGGAUACUGAUGACAUUUGUUUUCCACAAGGAAUCAAUUAAAAAAAAUGAUUUUGUUCUAAUAUAGAUAUUUUCUAUAGAUUUUCCUUUCAUUUGCUUGAGACAACAUUAGAAUCACAAAAAAUGAUUCCAGCUCGCAUUGUAUUGACAAUCCUUGGCUUCUUUGGCUACAUUACCAUUUCUGCAAUGCGAGUGAAUCUCAGUGUAGCCUUAGUAGCCAUGGUUGGAGUAACUCGACCUGGCAAUGGAACUAAUGAAACAACGAUUACGUGUCCGGAACUUAUAAUUACUAAAAACACAACAACAGAAGAUGAAUAUUUACCAGAUGGUGAAUUCGAUUGGAACUCUGAUCUGCAAGGCCAAGUUGUGGGUGCCUAUUUCUAUGGAUACCUUUUAAGCCAAAUACCAGGAGGAAUGAUAGCUGAAAAAUACAGUGCCAAAAGGGUCUAUGGAUUAGGAGUCCUAGGUUGUGCCAUUGCUACUCUACUCACACCCAUAGCUGCAAGGUUGAAUGUAUGGACAUUCAUAUUUGCACGAGUUGCAGUAGGGUUUUCUGGGGGAAUAGCUUAUCCUGCAAUGAAUGUUUUGGUGAGUCGAUGGGCACCCAAAAUGGAAAGAAGUCGUAUCUCAACUACGAUGUAUGCAGGUGGAUUGUUAGGAACACUUAUCACAAAUGCCUCUACAGGUAUUCUAAGUGAAGGCACGUUUCUCGGUGGAUGGCCGUCUAUAUUCUAUAUAUGUGGAACAUUAGGAUGUUGUUGGUUUCUCUUCUGGGCAGUGCUUGUCUAUGACACACCAGAUGUCCAUCCCCGAAUCUCCAAAGAGGAAUUAGCAUACAUCCAGGACAAUUUAGACAAAUCCAGUUCAGAUGAUGCCAAAAUUCCAUGGAAAUCAAUAUGGACAUUAAUGCCAUUUUGGGCCUUGGUUGUUGCCUAUUUCGGACAUGAUUGGACUUUUUACAAUUCGCUGACUAUGAUGCCAACAUACCUUUCAAAUGUUUUACAUUUCAACUUAAAAGAUAAUGGAAUUUUGUCUGGCCUCCCAUUUUUGAUGAUGUGUAUUUUUGCGCUGCCUGCAAGUGUUCUCGCGGAUUUUCUCAGAGCAGGUGGUUAUCUACAAAUCACCACAAUUAGGAAACUCAUAACUGGAAUUGGACUUUUCGGACCAGGAUUGUGCGCAGUAGCUAUAGCCCUUAUUGGUUGUCGGCCAAUUAUCAUAAUCAUAUUAUUAUCUUUAUCUUUUGGCUUGAAUGGAUUUAUAUAUUCAGGAUUCAUAGUUAAUAACGUUGAUAUGAGUCCACGAUUUGCUGGAACUGUCUUUGGAAUAACAAAUGCAAUUUCAACAUUACCAGGUUUUUUGGCACCAGCAUUCGAUGGAUAUGUCCUCAAAAGUGGACAAACUUUGAGAAAUUGGGGAUUUGUGUUCUUAAGUUCAGCAACCCUGUAUUUUAUAACGGGUAUCUUCUACAUAUUGUUUGCUUCGGCUGAACUUCAACCAUGGAAUGACCCAGAUAACGACCAUGCCGACAAAAAGAAAGUGAAAUGUGUUGAAAACAUUUCUCAGAAAACAAAACUGUAG